CUAAUUUGCAGUUAGCACUACAUGCAACUUCUUUUUCUUCUUCCUCUUCCAGUUCCUGAGACUUUUGUUGAAAUGAUGUGCCUGUUUCUAACUUGGGGGUCUGGUGGCACAGUACUCGGGCAUCCUGCUCCAGAGACAGGAGUUGUGGACUCCCAAAGUUGCCCAGUUGUAAAUAAGUACUCCAUCAUUUUGGCUGAGGAUUCGAAAGCAGGAUGGCAAACUUCAGUGAGCUGUGGAGGCAUCUGUCAUGUACUCCUGUGCAACCGUCUGUCAGUCCAGUCACUAAGCCAAGUGAGAGCAUAUGCUUCCAAUGGUCAGAAAAAAAGCCCUGGAUCACAGAAUACAAAUGAAUCCACCUCAGAAAAGGCUAUGCCCAAAACUGGAACAGCACGGGAUUCCACUAGCAUAGGCCAAAAGACACCUUUCUCACAAAACUCAAUCCAAGUAAAAGUUAAAGCAGUCCUUAAAAAGAGAGAGUAUGGACCAAAAUAUACACAGAAUAAUUUCAUCACUGGAGUGAGAGCGAUAAAUGAAUUUUGUCUUAAAUCCAGUGAUCUGGAACAGCUGAGAAAAAUUAGACGACGAAGUCCCCAUGAUGACACUGAAGCUUUCACCGUGUUUUUACGAUCAGAUGUAGAGGCAAAGUCCCUAGACGUUUGGGGUAGCCCAGAAGCUCUUGCUAGAGAGAGAAAACGACGUAAAGAAGCAGAGAUAGAAUACAGAGAAAAUUUGUUUAAAAAUCAGAAGUUACUGAAGGAAUACAAAGUCUUCUUUGGAGACACUAAGCCACGCUCCAGCACAGCAGCUAUGAUGUUCAAGGGACCAGGAAAGGUGGUGAUGGUGGCUAUAUGCAUAAAUGGGUUGAAUUUCUUCUUCAAACUACUUGCUUGGGUUUAUACUGGUUCUGCAAGCAUGUUUUCGGAAGCUAUACAUUCUUUAGCAGAUACUUGCAACCAGGCUUUACUAGCACUGGGCAUCAGUCAGUCUGCAAGGACACCAGACUCUAGUCAUCCAUAUGGUUUCACCAACAUGCGUUACAUUGCUUCCCUAAUUAGUGGGGUUGGCAUUUUCAUGAUGGGUGCAGGACUUUCCUGGUAUCAUGGAAUUAUAGGUUUACUUCAUCCUCAGCCCAUAGAAUCUCUUCUUUGGGCGUAUUUGAUCUUAGCAGGAUCGCUGGUGUCUGAAGGAGCUACUCUUCUUGUUGCUAUAAAUGAAGUUCGAAGAAGUGCCCGAGCCAAGGGCCUCUCAUUUUAUCAAUAUGUCAUACAGAGUUGUGAUCCCAGUACAAACGUGGUGUUAAUGGAGGAUGCUGCCGCAGUUUUGAGCGUAGCAAUAGCUGCUACUUGCAUGGGUCUGACUUCUUUUACAGGCAAUUCUUACUAUGACAGCAUGGGGUCUCUAGGGAUAGGAACUUUGUUAGGAGCUGUUUCGGCAUUUCUCAUCUACACCAACACAGAAGCACUUUUGGGACGGUCCAUCCAACCUGAGCAUGUACAGCGACUAACUGAAUUACUGGAAAGUGACCCUGUUGUAAGAGGAAUUCAUGAUGUUAAAGCCACAGACAUGGGAAUGAGCAAAGUGAGAUUCAAGGCAGAAGUAGACUUUGAUGGACGGGUUGUUACUAGUUCUUACCUGGAAAAACAAGACAUUGAACAGCUGCUACAAGAAAUUCAGCAGGUGAAGACACUUGAGGAACUAGAAGCUUUUAUGCUGAAGCAUGGAGAGAAUAUUAUUGACACCCUGGGCGCGGAAGUAGAUCGGCUUGAGAAGGAGCUAAAGCAACGUAAUCCUGAUGUUCGUCACGUGGAUUUGGAAAUAUUAUAGACUUAACAGAAGUCCUUUGAAUUUUUCCUUUUGGAAAGAAUAUUGUAAAUGAUGGAACAACUAUUGAACCUGCAGCCCUCUAAGUACUUUACUUUACCUCACUUUAUGCUGCAGGUUCCUGGACUGUUAGAACUUGUUCAGUUUCUGGAAAAGGAUUAGACUCAAAGGCAGCAAUUUGUGUUGAACUGAUUUUUUUUUUUCCAUAAAAGCUACUUGGCAUAACUUCUACAAGAGAAUCUAUUGGAGGUGAAUUCCUUUGGGAUCCAGGACAUGUAUCAUCCAGUAAGGCAAAUAUGAAUGCCUGAAAAUGGAAAAUUAUAUAUUCAGGUCCCUUGUUUCAAUUUUGUGUCAACUUGCACAUCAAUUUGCACUUGUUUAAUUGCUUCUUACUGGAAGCUGAGAGGUUCUUGUAAGAUACAGAUGUUAAUACUAGAACAGGUUUUAUUCCCCUGGAACCUGCCUGUAUUGAAUCAAAUUGUUAUAUUCCAGCUACAUGGUCUUUUCAGCCUCUCUUCCCUCAGACACCAUUUUUUUUGCCAACAGGAACUGCUCAUUACUCAAGUUUUGUGACCUGAAAACUUGAUUCUGCCAGCAUUGCAAUUCAUGACAACCUCAGAAGAUCAGAUUACACUUUUCAGUGCAAUCAGCUUUAUGGGCUUACUCCAGAGUAUGUUGUAUUACUGUGAAGGAUGUAGAAAUUUUAGCGAACUUGCUCUCUUACAACCUUUGUUUUUUCCUUUGCCAAUCUUUAUGCUUUUGUUGUUUUUAAUUUGCUAAUAUUGGUGGUUUAACAUGAACUGUGUACAAUAGUAGUUGUUAGUUGCUGUUUUUUUUUUUAUUUUGCUUCAUAUGCUUCUAAGAGGCCAUGUAUCACAGGUGGUCUUUUCUAGAAACAAUAUGUGUAUAGAAGUUUUAACAUAUUUUGAAAUGUACUAAAAUAUUUAUAAUUAAAAAAUUGAAGACUAUAUAUUUUUAUUUAUUUGCACACAAGCAUUACUUGUAUAAAUCCUGAUUCUAGAUUGCUCAUUUACUUUUUUUUGUCUUUUUAGAAUAAACCCUCUGCCUGGGGAAACAAACUAGGUGUUUUGAAUAUGUGUAAUAACUUGGAGAAUAAUCCCCAAAUGAAGUACAUAGAGUUUAUGUAUUUGAAAUGUUAGCUUAUUGCAUUCUGUAUAACGGGUUUCUAGAAUAAAGCUUUCAGCGUAGGCAUUCAGGUUAUAGCAGAGCCUUCAAGAAACAUUGUGAUCCAAAGGCUAAGUGAGUACAAAUCAUGCAGAUCUUGUAAUUGAAAUAUUAAUGGAAUAUCUACAGAGAAAUCUCUCUACAAGCAAAAUCUUUUAUGUACUUUAAAAUGUUUUCGUAACAUGAACAAUGCUCCUGGAAGAGAGGCUGGCAGUAAAAAGCAUCCUAGUGAUUCAGUUGCUCAAUAAUCUAGUGACUGACUUGCUAAGAACAACAAUGUUAAAUUGAUUUUGAGAACUUGCGUUCCAUAUUAAGAUUAAAUUAUAUGCAUUGCAGCAAGUAGUAAUAAUAGUGGAAACCAAAAUGUCAGGAUUUGAUUAAAUGCUUUGUAAUAGUAUUUUUUAAAAGUAAAAUGUCACUUACCAAUCAGUUAUGAUAAUUAAAAAAUAGCAUGCCGUUUGACAACUGCAAAGCACUUUGCACCCUGUGCAUUUCAAAUAAAAUGACAUUCCACAUUUUAAUUUUUAGAGAAGAGGCUUCAUGUACUCUGUUUAAUGGAUUACUUUUUACAUGGCUCAGAGUCAAUGGUUAGCUUCUCACCUUUAUUCAUAAUUCCUACACCUUUCUCAGCAGUUGUUUUAUGGGAUAUAAUAUAGUAUAUUAAUGGUAAUACUCAUCUCAUUUCCUUGUACUAAGUCUUAGUUAGAUCUGUAAUAUUAGCAUAAGCUUGAUCAUUAGAGAUGUGUUUAAGAAAAGUAUUAUUUCGUAGGUGAUCUGCAAAUAUAUUAUAAUGUGCUCAAUGUUCUGAAUAACAGGGACAGUUUAGCACAUUCUAAAUAAUUUACAUUUUGUGUCCCCCACCCCAGUCAGCUUUUCUGCAUUUUGCUGAUAACAUACUCCUUGAAAAGCACUGAAACCUAUGAUAAAGUCUUACUUCUAUUCUCCCUCUACAUCUUCUCCCCACUCAAAUAAUGCAGAUGAAAUUUUAAUAUUGUAAACUAUACUGCACUAUAGAAAUAUUGAGACUCCUUCCAAAAAUAUUAGAAACCUGGAAAGGGACAGGUAAGAAUUGAAACGGUUUCUGUCUGUCUCUUUAGUAGUGGAUGUGACUUCACAAAUUAACAUGUAUACUGGACCAUCAUGUAGAGGAUCGAGUCUUCCUGAAAUAUCACCACAAAACUAGUAAACUUUUUUAAAGUAUGGAAAUGGUUCCUUAUGUUAUGUUAAGUUCCUCUUAAAACAUAUUCUACAUGAGUCUGUGUAAAAAUGGUGCUUUCUUAUCAGACCUCCUGGUGGUAUGAAAUGUGAUUAUCUGCAAAUUUUAGGAACAAAUAUAAGUUUUUUGCUGCUUUUUAUUCAUGUUAUCACAAUAAGGCCAAUGCUACUGUGAAGAAGAGUUGGCUUCCUUUGUUUCUAUUAUGAGAGGAUAUACUAAGUUUAAAUCAGUAGCAUCCCCGCAACUGUCCAGGAAGCAGUUUGGUUGUACUAUCGUAACUGGGUGACCUAACUGAAUAGGCAGAAUCCCUUUCACUGAUGACGAUGCUGAUGCAUGGAGUCUUUCCCCUUUUGGAUAUGAUUUUUGGAGUUCAUCAUGGUUUAGCAUGUUGGACAAAACACAUUUGAAAUUAGGCCGGAUUUAUACAGAACAGACAAUACACCUUGUCCCAGGGGAGCUGGGGUGGCAGGAGGACCCCAGGCCAAAAGAGAGCCCCGCUUACCUCUUGCAGAGCCUGGAGAGCCGGAGGAGAGGCGCGCGGCGAAACCACCGGUGAGGGUGAUUAGCUGCGUGUAUAUCCAGCUGUAGCCGAGCAGCGUGGGCGGGAGAUACUGCCUGGGAAAGAUUAAAAAGCGGCCCCAACGAUGCGGCAGGGCGGUUGACAAGUGGAGGCUUCAGGAGAGAGCCCUCACACGGAGGGGAUCAGCCGCCGCACCCGGCAGUGUGGGAAGCUGGGGGCGGAGCCAGGAGAGGCUCCAAUCUUACCCAAGCCCUAGGAAAGUCCUGAGAAACCUGAAUUGUGUCUUCCAACAGUGGUAGGGAUUCUGCAGAUUAAAUUAAAUCUCCAGUUAUGACAGUGAAACCAUGCUGUUUCCUGGAGGUUGCAGGGAUGCUACCGAUUUAAUUUAGUAUAUACUUUCAAAAGAGAAACAAAAGGAACCAACUCUGUUCCUCAGAUGUAUUUACGAUAGACUACUUAAGAUUUUUCUUGAAUGUGAUCUUUGAUUUGAAAAAGGGUAAAACUCAAAGGAGAAAGAAGUUGGCUAUAAUGAAAACAUUUAUUCUUGGAUUAUUUUUCAAGCAUUUCCUAAAGCCACAGAAGAUAUUUAUUUUUAUAUAUAGUGUUGGCCUUACAGAGUUUGUCUUGCAAAAUUGGAUUCAGACUGAUAUACUUGCUUUGCUUUGUAGGUGACUUACUGCAUACAUAGUAUUUCAUAAUCCUUUGAAUUUACACUGGAACAAAAACUGGUAGACCCUGCUGCACUUAACUAUUUUGAUUUUCUUUUAAUGUUGAGUUGAUUGGAGAAUAGUAAUAAAUCUUCCCCUAUUUGGCACUCUUUUUUUCCUGUUACCAUUCAAAUUGUUGAAUUUAUAUAAAGUAUUCUCUAUUACAUGCAUUAAAUUUUUACCAGGGUAAAUCAUUAGGUCUCCUUAUGUAGUUUUGAAGUUCAGCACUUAAAGCUAUUUGUUUUUUUUUCUUUCCUCACCCCAAAGCUAUUUGAUGUGUGUACAUCAGAGACUGCAACUGGAAAUAACCAUUUGAAACAACAUUUGCUGUUGUAAUGCUUUAUUUUAUCCCUUUGUGUAUCAACCAUGUGAUACUAAUAAACCUUCUAAUCGACUACAA